AUGCCCAUCUGCAUCGAAUGCUCCUACCCAGUCUCACAUCUGUAUAGCACCUACAGCCGCGCGGACGACCGCUCGCUGGGCAAGGGCGUGCGACUCACCCAAUGUCCACGCUGCCACCGCUUCGCCGACAAAUACGUCGAAUAUGACUUUGUCGUGCUCUUUAUCGACCUGGUGCUCAUUAAGCCACAGGUGUACCGUCAUCUCCUCUUCAAUCGCCUCGGGCGAGACGACGACAAGUUCGAUCGGUCAAUUAUCCGUCUCGGCAUCCUCCUUCUCCUCUUCGACGUCUAUCUAACCUGGGCGCGCCUCGAAAAGUCCCCCUCGCUGGCGACCACCUUUGUCUCACGCGCCCCCAUCGUCAUUCAAUAUCUCUUCUUCCUAAGUCUCAAUGCGGCGGCAACCCUUGCGCACCACCUCACAGUCCGUCUUCUAGCCUCAAUACUGGUGCCCAAGUCCCACCGCUAUGGUGGCGUGGACUCCAGCAGCAAUGGUACCGCCGACACUACCCCCUUCCCAUCCGGACCUCCCACGCCUACCACUAUCCGCGCAUCACCAUCGUCACAGUCCUUCACUACUCAGUCGCAGCUCGCCGGCAGUCUCGCCACAAGUCCAACGAGAACAACCCCAAACCCAGGCUCCUCCACCGACGUUACCUCUCCGACAGAAAACCCGCAGGGCCCAUCUCAUCUAACGCGGGCCCCUCCACCACUCCGACGUGCGUCAACAGCACCCCCACAAAACAUCCAACCCCUACCGCCACCAACAGCGGCCAGUCCCGCAGCAAUCAGUACCGCGCUCCUAGUCAGCAGCUGCGCCAAGCUGUUCCCCAUCCUCCUAGUAAUCUGGGGCACCGACGGCAACGGUAACUCCAACGAGCACGCUGCCGGAGGAGCGGAACGUUCAUCUGCACAUUCAGCACCCAUGCACAGCGCAUUCAGAAGAACUGCCACGGCACUCGCCGGCCACACGUCUUCAGCUGGGGCUGCGUUCUCGGAUCAGAGUGAAUCCUGGCUUGCGAGUGCUGCGUCGUCGCUGUGCGCUUCGACGCCAACUACGUAUCUUACUGCGCUGUUUGAUCUGCUUGCUUCGUUGCUUUCACUGGGCGUGGUUGAUACCCAUCUUGUGCUUUUGAGUAAUAUCGAGGCAUUGUACAUUCUCCUUGGGUGCGGGUAUCUCCGUGCUGUGGCUGUUGCUGUGACAGGGCAGGUGGCGAGGUGGGCGGUGCAGAAAGUGAUUCUGGGUGCUGUGGGAGUGGGCUAG